CUGGCCUGGGCAGAUGGGCUUCGCGCGUCCCAUUGGUCCAGAGGUAAGAUGCUCGGAGCUUAGCACCUGGACGGCACAGUAGUAUAGCGCAUCUCCAGGGAUGUUGAUGCAUGCACGGCGUAGCGCUCCAUCGUGGACGAUGCUUUGUGCCGUCCGCAGGAUUCUAUACUGCCAGUCUGCCAGCCCCCCGGUGCCAGGGCAACAUGCGAGCGAUGAUAGCCUCGGGAUAAUGUUCCCAACGAGCAAAGAACUUUCAAUCUCCCACUGGUCCGGUCCAGUCAGUUGGUUUGCAUACUUGGCGAUGGGGCUGGCUGACAGGGGCAUACGGAUGAGGUCCUUCAUCCCGGGGCCGAAGAUACAAUGGAACUGGUAAAUGUCGCAAUGAGGGCCGAUGAGGAUCGGAAAGCUUGUGUGCGCUGAUAACGAGAAGGAUUGUCGAUCCCCUCCUUCAUUCUGGUCGAUGGAAGAGCAACUCCAUAGAUAUACUCGAGAUGUCUUUGCGAGCAAUGCGACCGC